AUGAUACCCAAAGGUGGUGCAUUAGAUGCUUUAUAUCGAUUUUGUGUUAAACAUGGCAAAAAUGGCAAAAUUGGCAAUUUAUCUGUCAAUACCAUUAUUCGAUUGGCAUGUCUUGUAUUAGAUACGAAUUGUUUUGUAUUUGACAAUAAAUAUUACAAACAAAUUCGUGGUGACGCGAUGGGCUCACAAUUUACAAUGACAUUAGCUAAUAUCUAUAUGUAUGAAUGGGAACAAUCCUUAAUUCAACAUCAACAAAUAAGAAAUGAACUCUACGGUAGGUAAUUUGUUUUCUUUUCAAAAAAAAGACAAUAUGCGAUGUAUCAAUAUUUUUUCAUUGUAGGUAUAUUGAUGACAUAAAGGGUGUUCCAUAAGUUUCGGCCCCCUUUUUGUUUUUAUUCUAACUUUAUCAUAUUCUAACGUAGACUGCUCUUGAAGAUAGCCUUCUGAAGAGCAACAUCUAAGCUUUCAAGGGAAAAAAAUUUAUUUCAUUAGCAUGAAUUGCACGAGAGAACCGCAUCGAUCAAAAUUUUGAAAAAUUUUCUUUACAUGCAGUUUUUGCAAGGGGGAAAAAGCGGAUCCUGGAUCCAUCAAGAUUUACGCUUCCUCGAUCGGUUUGAUAUUAUUGUAAUACAUGAUGAUUUCUAUUGCAUUCUAGUUAUCUCUGAUAAAUUGUAAUGGAUUGUGUUGAAUUAUAGCCAAUGGCGGUAAUCUGUGACCGCUUUUGGUACACUUCUAGAAAUAUAUUCUAAAAUUUCUUAGGACUCUAGAAUCCGCUUUUCUCCGUCAAACUAAGGAUGUCAGAACUUAGAGCAACCCUCUACUUUAGUGUUAAUCCUGUUUUUCCUUGAGAAAGUGUGAAAGAACAUUGUGGGCUCCUGAAUCUGAAGAUUCAUGUCAUAUUUUAUUCAGGAUUCCGUUUCCAAUUUUUAUAAUACUGGUUUGCAGGAUAUUUCAUUGUGAAAAAAAUAUUCUUCUCAGGAUCUUUUCAAGUUCCUACUCAGAUUUCUUUAUUAUUUUAACAUGAUGGACCGUACUAGGAUUCACUAUUGAUCUUACUCAAAACCUUGAUAGGGAUUACAGAAAGAAUAUCGCUUAGAUUCUAUUAUAGUUUUAACAGAAUUCGUUUGGGAUCUCUGCGUCAUGAUCCUCUCCUGGCUUACAGUUAAAUAAGGCAAAGAUCCUACAAGGAAUUAAUAGAAGAGCAAUGGAAAUCCUCAGGUAGUGGAUUCUUCUAAGAUUCAAUCACGAUUCUAUCUAAUUUUCUUAAGCAUUCUUCUUACGAAUAUCUUUUCUGAACAUUUCCAGGGUUGUCUUAGGGUCUCUUCAAGGACAAGCAUUUCGGAUCCUUCCUAGAGAAGGUCAAGGAUGGCCAGGAUCUUUCUGAAAGCAUAUCAAGGUUAGACAAAGAUCUUUACCAUUUUCAUUUAGAGUCUACUAAAGCUUGAUCUUGAGGAUUGUAACAAGAUCUAUGGCUGAUCUGGUUCAGGAUUUUGAAUAAAAUUAUGAAAUGUUUCCACCAAAAUCCUUAACAGUUCCUAAUUUAAAAUUCUUCGAAUAUUUUUGAAUCUUUGAAUCUCAAAAACUCAAAUUGUGCUUGUUAAAUAAACUUUUAACAGUAACUAUACUAAAAUGACAAUGAAGAAUUUGCAAUGUGUUUUGUUCCGGUUCUGACAGGAAUGUAGAAGAUCAAGAAGGUACCUGAAUUUCAUUCUAAUAUUCCUUUGUUUCUGUGUGUCAGUGAAUGGAAGAAUUCUGACAGAAUUUUUGAAGAUUUCUCGUCAAAGAUUUUUAAUAUUUAUCUUCAAUAUUGCAUGACAUUUACAGCAUGGAACUCAGUUAUUUUUUGAAUUUUAUUUUCAUAUAAAACUUGCAAACUCAUUAAAAUGGAGAUUUUAAUAUCAGUUUAACUAUUGCACUAACUUUUUCUUAAAAAAGCUUUUAGUAAGGAACGAGUACUUCAAUAAAACUUGUACUGCAUUUUAUUUAUUCGUGCUAAUCAGAAAAAUACCUUUUUAUUCAAAUUGAAAUCAACCAGUCAUAGUAGAAUUUUAUGAUAAGUAAUCAAUAGAUUAAGUUUAUAUUGAAUUUUUGUUCAAAUAACUUAUGUUUGCAUAAAGUUCAAAUACAAGUUAAUAGUUCAGAGGGAAUUCGAGAUACAGAAGGUUUGAGUUAAAUUAAAUAGUAUGGUACAGUCUACUGCGGUGAACUAAUCAGUUUUUUAACUGAACAUAUAGAAAUCAAUAAUGUGCGUUCAUUUCUCUUUUUUGCUUAGAGAAUCCUGCAAAAAUUUUGACAAUACAUCGGAUAUCAUCCUUACAGAAUCGAAGUGGAGUUCUGCGAGGUGUAAUCAGAAAAUAUUUUCCAAUUAGAAGCCAUUGAAAUUCUGAGAAGAGCUUGACAUAAAGUCAAUACAAAAUGACUCAGAAUUUCUCUAAGAUUUUGUUCUAAUCAUAACAGAAUCGUGUUUAUUUCGUGCCUACACGUUUUUCUGAAGAUUUGACCCUCUACUAACAUAUUUCUUGUUUUAAUUGCAUUGGUAAACUGCUCAGGAUACUGAUAGAAUCCUGUUGUGAGCCUUGUCGAGGUCUUGAAAUUCCGUGGCUACACGGCUUUCUCAAGAUUUAGCAGCUUCUUCGACAAUAUAUGAUUGGAAAAUAGCAAUAAACUGUUACGAUCUUGAUUGAAUCUCAAUUAAAAUUCUGUCGGCAUCUUAAAAUUUUAUGGGUACACACUUUUUUCCGUUUUUCGCAUUUUUCCCGGAAAAAAUGGCGAACCUGUGCAGCGCCGUUGCUGCCUAUGUCAGAAAUCUAGCUCAAAAAGACUUGAGCUUUUCUCUAGCAAAAAUUCAACACUAUCUAGUACAAUCUUUUGAAAUCCAGAAGAAUUCAGCAGAAAUUAACAAGCAUCAUAAUAAUCUGAAACCAAUCAGGAACACCUAAAUCUUGAUGGAUCUUAUUCUAUCGUAUAACCCGCAGAACUCAUUCAGAUACUCAAAAGUUCAUCGGGGCCCACCAGGCUCUCAAUCUCCGAGAUUUCUUUUUUCUUUGUUUUCAAAAAUUCUAGGGCCAAUUCUUCGUCUGUUUACUUUGUUUCCAUGUAUUCUAAUGGCUUCGGAUGGAGUCCAAUAGAUCGUAGGAUGUCUCAAGGUCCUUUUUUCCUUUGUAAAGUAGACUAGUCAUAGUUGUAUAAAUAGCACAUGGUGCUCCCAUUGAUUCAUCCAGAACAUAUUUUGAAUUAUGCAUCCUUAUUUUAUGAAUCUGGUUGAUUUCCUUGCUUUUGUGGCUAUUCAGAACAUUAAUCUAUCUUCAUAAAUGAUAACGAGUUCUAAUGGAUUCUGGUGGAUCCUAAUGGAUCCUGAUGGAUCCUAGUGGAUCCUGAUGGAUCCUAGUGGAUCCUGAUGGAUCCUAGUGGAUCCUGAUGGAUCCUAGUGGAUCCUGAUGGAUCCUAGCGGAUCCUGAUGGAUCCUAGUGGAUCCUAGUGGAUCCUGAUGGAUCCUAGCGGAUCCUGAUGGAUCCUAGUGGAUCCUAGUGGAUCCUGAUGGAUCCUAUGGAUUCUGGUGGAUCCCAGGAUCCACCAGGAUCCGCUUUUCCCCCUUGAGUUUUUGCCUUUUGCAUUCUCUUUUGAUUUCUAAUCUGAUCUAAUCUAACAAUUCGAUAGAGAAAAUUGUUCUUUUUCGAUCUGCUCAAGGCCGAGCUCUCUAGCGCAUUCCGUUGAGGAGUUAUACGCAUUUUCCUGAGAGCUCCGAAAUCGGCCAAAUGACCUCCAAUCACCCUUAAAAUGGGUCAAGAUAGGGGUAAUCAGCCG